AUGGCCUUUGCCUCCGUCCUCCGCACCGCAACCCCCCGCCUCGCCGUCCGUGCGGCUCCCCAGCUCGCCCGCGCUUCUGCACGCCGCGCAUUCGCGUCCGAGGCAUCGUCGGCGCCCAAGGGCAACGGCGGAAGCAACAACGGCCUCCUCUUCGGUCUCCUCGGUGCCGGCGCACUCGGAGGCGGACUGUACCUCUACACCCGCGACUCGUCAGACAACCGCAGCGUCAAGGACGCAGCGAGCCCGCAGCAGGUCGACUACCAGAAGGUCUACAACGCGAUCGCCGACAUCCUCGAGGACGAGAACUACGACGACGGCUCGUACGGACCUGUCCUCGUUCGUCUCGCCUGGCACGCGUCGGGCACGUACGACAAGGAGUCUGGAAACGGCGGAUCGAACGGCGCGACGAUGCGUUUCGCGCCCGAGGCGAACCACGGCGCCAACGCGGGUCUUGAGCACGCCCGCAACCGGCUCGAGAUCGUCAAGAAGAAGUUCCCCGAGAUCACCUACUCCGACCUCUGGACCCUCGCCGGUGUCUGCGCCAUCCAGGAGAUGGGCGGCCCCUACAUCCCUUGGCGCGCAGGCCGCAAGGACGGCAACGUCGAGAAUUGCACGCCCGACGGCCGCCUCCCCGACGGCGACAAGGGCGCCGACCACGUCCGCAAGAUCUUCUACCGCAUGGGCUUCAACGACCAGGAGAUUGUCGCGCUCUCGGGCGCGCACGCGCUCGGAAGGUGCCAUGUUGACCGCUCUGGAUUCGAUGGGCCUUGGCAGUACGCGCCGACUACCUUCUCGAACGAGUACUACCGCCUGCUCGAGGACGAGAAAUGGCAGGAGCGCAAGUGGAAGGGUCCUCCUCAGUUCGAGAACAAGUCCGACAAGUCGCUCAUGAUGCUCCGCACCGACAUGGCGCUCAUGACCGACAAGGGAUUCCGUCAGUACACCGACAAGUACGCCAAGGACGAGAACGCCUUCUUCUCCGACUUCUCCAAGGCUUUCUCCAAGCUCAUCCACCUCGGCGUCCCGACCGCUCAGUUGUCCGAGCCUGUCCCGCUCAAGAAGAUCGAGGACCAGGCGCCGGCGUCGGCGUAA